AUUUUUUUGAAUUUCAGAAUGGAAGAAGCAGAUGUGAAGCAGCUUAUAUCUCUAAUUGAGUCAGCUCAGUUGCAGUACGAAGUAGACGAGUCUGGAACAGUAUCUAUUGUUUGUGAUCCAGUUCAGCUUGUGGGGUCAUCGGAAAAAAAUUGGUGGUGUUUUGGGGCAGAAAAUGAAGUUAACAAUACAUCAACCAUAUUGACACAAAACCUCCUCCUUACAAUAGUAAAUGACCAAGAUGGAAAAGAUGUCACAGACAUUAUUGCCAUUUCCUCUGCUGUGAAGGAGAAAAGUUUUGAAUUAAAUGAAGAUAAAAACCUGCAGAAAGUGAAAGAAAAUAAAAUAAAAUAUGAGUGUGGAGAAGACGAAAAGGGUGAGGAAGAUAGUGAGCAGGAUGCUGCUCCUCAGCUGCAGCUCUCACCAUCUGGACACUAUUUUAUCCAGACUCCAGAUGGCCAGAUCAUUCAGGUUUUUGGGUCUCUAGAUGAAGGUGUUGAAGGUUCUGCACUGGAAGAGGCUGUGGAGUGUGGUGGAAAUGAACCUUCUACUUCACUUUCAUCUGAUGGAGUGCAGAUAUUUGUUGUGGGAAGUGAUAAUACUGAAGAUGUUUAUCUUAUUAAUACUCCUGACAAAGAUAUUGAAAGGGAAGUGUCACGAAGUCCCGUCUCCGUUUCAUCAGUAAUGUUGAAGAGUAAUUCAUUAAUUGGUGAGAGCCAGGAAUCUAGUGAAGUAAGCAAAUCACUUGACCUGACUCAGUCAGUGCCGUCCUCAACCAUUACGUUUGCUGCUAACCAAGAGGAGGAUCUGAUAUCUUUAUGUCAGCAAGAGAACAGUGGUAAUUUUCUGAAGGAAUCUUCCAAGAAUGUUGGCCUGGAGGUGAAUAACAGUUUGGCACUCAAUACAAGCACUUCAAAGUCUGUUCAGAUAUCCAAAGGAUCGUCAUCAAUCAAAGAUUCUCUGAGUGCUGUAUUGAGCAGCAAACAUUUCACAUUAAAUUCUAAGACUAAACCAAGAUUACCUCUUAAAAUGCAUCUACCUCGUAAUUUUCUUGGAGAAGGCACAGUUGUACGUACUGACAGAGGAGACAUGAUUGCCCACAACUUGUCAUCUAUUACAAAGUACAGGCAGACAGACCCAAAUGGCCAGAAGACAGUUCUGCAAAAUAUUGCAUCUAUAUUUGGACCUGCGGUGAAGGUGUUGCAGCCAGUGGAGUCAAAAAAACAACCAGAAAUAAGUACUAUUACCAAAAGAUUUUCCAUUUUACCAUGUGAUGACUGUGGUGCUACUCUACAUUCAGAAAGAUCCCUUCAAAUUCACUAUCGCCGAUAUCACAAAGAAUGGAAUGAUGAGUGCUUCGUCUGUGGUAAAAAAUUCCUUAACAUGCAGUAUGUACGAUCACAUAUACAAGAAAUUCACAGCAAGGAGGAAUCCUUUCAGUGCCGUUUGUGUUCAUACAAGUGCAGUGUCUUAAAAGAGUUUUUGAAACAUCGUAAAGUUCAUGAUAAGUCUCAAGUCUGUGAUAAAUGUGGAAGAAAGUACAUAAUACCAAAGCUCUUCAAAAAACAUAUAUUAAAUUGUAAAAUAGAAAAGGAAAGUGAAGUAAAAAGAAAUUCCACUUGUGUCUUUAAUUCAUCAAAUAAGAGAGAAUGUGAGAAAGAAAAAGAUAAUCAUUUGCCAGAUUUUAAUGAUUUUGACAUGGAAUGCAAAAAAAAAGGAAAAAAAGUUAAUAAAUCUGAUGGGGCUGAAGUAAAAACCAAAGUGAAUGAAAGUAAUUCAUCACUAAAUAAAAUCCACACUCAGAAGAAGUAUAAAAAGAGUUCUUUGGAUGAAGGCAUAAAAAAUGACAUGGAAUUUAAAAUUGAAUCCCACCAUUAUCAUCAACAAAUAAAGAAAAUGACUAGACUGCAAAACACUCAUAGAAGAAGUAGAAUAUGUCGAGACAGAACUCAUCGCUGCUAUUUAUGCUUCAAGUUGUUCUCUACUGCAGCAGACCUUGAUGCCCAUAAGGAAAAUUAUCAUUUAGCUAAAUCUGAUCGACCUGUUAGGGUCAAAACAUAUUUAACACUGGAUGAAAAAGAUGAAGAGGAUUUAGUUGAACAUUCUGCUUCUUUUAAGGACGAGUCAUUUCUCGAUGAAAAUUCUGAAAAAGUUCUUGUAAAAGAAGAGCCCAUGUAUUUGACAGAGGAAUUUGAAAAUGUAACAAUUAUUUUAGAUGAAUCCAUGAAGUCAACUCGUGUAAUAAAACCUUUGUGCAUAGCAUGUCAAGCUCAUACAAAGACAGAUUUCAGAAAGUCUUGUAAAUGGUUUAACACAAUUCCUGAUAGCCAUCAGCUUAAUGUUUUGAAAAAAUUUCAGCAAUUUUUACCAUGCAUUAUUGACUCUAAUGCUUUAAUGGAGCCUUGGGUAUUAUGUAAGAAAUGUGCUUUACUUAUUGACAAAAUUGCUGAUAUGGAGGAUAAGCUAAAUUCAAUGAAAUAUGAUUUGAUGUCAAGGUUUAGAGGACGACCUGAAGUAGAGCAUAAUUCUGAAGACCAUUGCAAUAUAAAUGAAAAUAUAUAUCCUGAAGUUGAAGAAAGUAGCAGAAAAAUGCAUAGCUCUGGCACAUAUAUAUUGGAAAUUAAGGAAGGACUUGGAAAACAUUUAUCAGAUAUAGAAGCAUUUAUGAAAGAUACGUGCGAAAUAAUGGAGAUAACAAAGCCACAGAAGAGACCUGGCAGACCACGAAAACAGGAACAAGAAAAACUAAUUCCAGUUCUUGUUAGUGAUGAUGAAGAAAGGGUUUGCAUGAAGGAUAUGGUUAAAUAUAUCACCAAAGGUAUAAUUAAUGAAAGAGAAAAAAAUUUUGUUGGGACUUCUAAAGCUGAGGCAAGUAUCAAGGAGGAAAUCAGAGAGACAAGUUCUUCAGGAGUCAUUCCAAAAAAAAAACUGAUAGAAAAACAUACUAAUACAAUUGAGAUAGUUCAGAUUAAAGAGGAACCUAUAGAUAAUAAUUUGGGCAAUCUUGGGUCUAAUUCAGAGUCAAUAUUAUGGGAUGAGAUACCAAAUAAUUCACCGACUCCAUUAUCUACUUUACAAGAUGAGUUGUUUGUAGAAAAUUCAAAUGUACAAAGAAAAUAUCAGUUAUAUUCAGAAUCAUUUUCAGCAGAAGUGAAGAGUGUUGACAGGAAUGUUAAAGACUUAGAUAGAGGUUCGGAGAGAGGUCAGGUAAUACUUUCUGACCCUUGUGAUGAUGUGCUAAAUAAUGGAAUUAGUAACACUGUGUUGCCUGAACAUUCUUUGCCUACCCCAUACAGCAAUACAACAGAAAACUGUAUAGAUGGGAAAGUAUCACAAAAUCAUAUAACCUUUGAAGGAAAUAAGUCUGAUGUGUCAGCAGGAUUUGAAUCUAGGGAUGAAAUUACUAUGCCUUUGAAUAAGCAUAAUAGAGUUGAUCCAGAAAUAAUACUGAUAUCUCAUAAUACUGAAGAGUGUAAAGAUCUGCAGUCUUCCAGUACAACGUCUAGAGAAGAUAAACAUGCUUGUGAUGGCAAGCACCUUAAACAGAGCAAAACAGCUACUAAACACUCACAGAUACGUGCAGAACGGGAGAAGAUGUGUUCUCGUGUUGAAGGCAACAGUGUCAAACCUUGGAUUUGUAAUGAAUGUCAGAAAGGUUUCUCCACUCAGCGAGGUGCUUGUGAACAUUAUGCAGCAUCACACAAGGGACAGAAUUUCUCGUGUGAUCAUUGCAGUGCUUCAUAUGUGCGCAAGAGGGAUCUCAUUGGUCAUUAUAACAAGGUGCACCUAAACAUUCAGCCUUACAAGUGCAGAGUACCUGAAUGUUCGAGCAAAUUCAGCUCUCAUAGUGCUCUGUAUCGUCACUUGCAGUCUUCACAUAGCAAAGACUCUGACACUGUCUUUAGUUGCCAUAUUUGUUGUGCCACCUUUGCCAAGAAGAGAUACCGAGAUGCUCACAUUCAAGUUUGUGCCAGCAAAGCUAGUGAUAAUGAGCCACUCGAGUGUCCAAUUUGUGAGAAAUCAUUCAAGUUAUCAAGAUAUCUUCAGUUACACAUGCGCUCUGUGCACGCGAGCAAAAAUGAGCAGUUCUUCUGUGAAAUUUGUGGUAAACUACUUACAGACAAAAGAAACUUUGUACUGCACAUGAAAAGUCACAUGGGAGAAACAAAAGCAUCAUGUGAAGUGUGUGGCAAACAGUUUAAUCGAAAGUCUUACCUUUGGACUCACAUGCGUGUACAUACUAAUCAGAAGCCUUAUGGAUGUAAUUACUGUACAAAGUGGUUCAAACAAUACAGCACUUGGAAAAAUCAUGAAAGAACUCAUACUGGAGAAAAGCCUUAUAAAUGUUAUAUCUGCCAAGCAAAAUUUUCAACAAGUUCCUCAGUGCACAAACAUGUGCAAUAUGCUCAUUAUAAUAUAAGGGAUUAUUCUUGUGAUGUAUGCAAAAAAUCGUUUAUCAGUAAGCCCAAACUGGAUGAACAUAAUAAAGUACAUACAGGUGAGAAACCAUUUAUAUGCCAAAUAUGUAAUCGUGCUUUUAGCAAGAAGAACAAUCUUCGGACUCAUAUGUAUACCCAUUCCACAAACAAGAAGUACAGAUGUGAGUUGUGUGGAGAAGGUUUCAUGAGACGAUCAACUAUUGAAAACCAUAUUAUAGACUGCCACAAGCUGGAAUUUUUACUGGGUUCCAGUAGCGAAAGUACAAAUAUAGAAAAAGAAGGGGAAACUGAGACUGUUACUACACCAUUCAUAUCAUUAGUAGGAACUGAAGAGAAAAUGGGAGAAGACAGUUACAUUGUUAUAUUUGCUGCUGAAAAUGAGGAACAAAGUGACUCCAAAGAAAUGCAGGUGACUGUCCUGGCUGGAGAUGGUACAUCCAGUCAGGUCAACUUAUAACUCCUGUCACUCCUAAUACAUAAUGCAAAAGACUUGACUGUAAAAGUUUCAUGGGCGAAGUUGAAAGGUCAUCGGCAGAAUUUCGUCCUACGUACAACUGAUAUUAAGAUUGGCACCACUUGUUCCUUUACUUCUCCAGCUUUUAUUGAUGGUAUUCUUUCAUCUUGAUGUCCUCUAGAAGUUUAGUCAAUAAUAAAUAAAUAACCUGUAAUUGUAAAUGAUCAGAUGUAUUUUAAUUAUGAAAAAGACUUCCAUAAUUUAGACUCUCAUUAUUCAGUGCCUACUAACCAUUAUUACUGUAUUGAGGUAAAACUGCUAUAACAAAAGUAACCCAAGGAGGCUUUUGUCAAUAAUAUUACUAAAGCACUGUAUAGAGAUUGGCAAUUAGUGUAAUGUAUUUUUCCUUAGCGGUAAUGUGAGGAAUAUAGUUCAGUGCCAGCAUCAACAGAAAAAAAAAUCUUUAAGGAUAUAAUUCAUUCCUCUAUAAAGCAGAUAAAAUAUAUUAGUGGUAACUGUCAAAAAUCAGAAAAUAGAGGGUCAUCACAAAGCAGUGAUGAAUGGUAAGUUAAUUUUGUGUAAUUACUUUGUUACUUUCAUGUGCUGUUUACUAAGGUACUCUAUAUCAAUGUGAAAAUGUAGAUUAUUAUUAUUAUAAUCAAAAAGAAACACUAAGUGAAAAUAUAGAAUGUGUAAUUAAUAUAGUAUUGUAAUUAGAGAAAGCACUAUUUUAAACUCUCUUCCCCUCAAGGAAGGUUCCUUGAUGUUGGUGAGGGGCUCUUGAUUUAGGGAAUUGGAUCUGUGCUCCAGUUCCCCGAAUUAAGCCUGAAUGCCUUCCACAUCCCCCCCCCCCCAGGCGCUGUAUAAU